ACAUUAAACCAAAAUCUCAGAUAUAUGGUUAUUACCUGCCAUUUUAUUGAUACAAAUUGGAAGCUUCAAAAAUUGGUGUUAGCUUUUAAAAUGGUUCCCACACCGCAUACAGGAAUUAUCAUCAGUGAUAUACUUUUUAAAUGUUUUAAUGAUUGGAACAUCACUUCAAAAACAUUAGCAAUUACAGCAGAUAAUGCAACAAAUAAUGAUGCUGCAAUAAAUCAUCUAAAGCAUAAACUUGAUGAUCAAAAUAUGCUUAUUGCAGAUGGAUGUUUUUUGCGCCAACGGUGCUGCACACAUAUAUUAAAUCUUAUAGUAAGUGAUGGUAUUAAAACGGUCAAAAGUAUUACAAGUAAAAUUCGUGAAUGUGUAAAGUGGAUUUAUAGUUCUCAAUCACGUCAACAAAAUUUUGAAGAUGCAAUAGUUGGAUGUUGUAAUGAUCUUAUAUUAAGUCAGCGACCGACUCUUGAUGUGUCUACCCGAUGGAACUCUUUAUACCUCAUGUUAGUUUCUACUAUUCUAUACAAGCGUGUAUUCGAACGUCUUGGAUUGCGAGAUAUUGGUUUUGAAGAAAUUAUACCUUCUGAUGAAGACUGGAACAAAGCUAAAA